AUGCCCGGAAUUCCUCAUAUCGCAAAUGCUCUUGCAAAAAGAGCAUCGACGGACCUCGAAGAGCAAACUUCGACUCUUGUAGCCACCGACAUGGCCUACAUCAUGUUUUGUGCCUUUGGUGUUUUCUUGAUUACACCGGCCAUUGGAUUGUUCUAUGGAGGGACUUUGAAGAGAAAGAAUGUGGUGCAAAUUUUGUUCCAGAGUUACAUGACAACGUGUGUUGUCGUUGUAAUUUGGUACUUACUAGGUUACUCAUUGGCGGCAUCGCCUACUUCUACCUCCAAAUUAAUUGGAGACUUCAACAAUGCCGCAUUGUACAAUGACGAGGCCAAACCAUUGAUCGAAGGUGGAAACCUUCCAUCUGUUAUUAACUUUUGUUUCAAUGUUUUCUUCCCAGUUGCAACUGUACAGAUUUUUCUUGGUUCCAUUGGGGAAAGAGGUCGAAUUCUUCCUUCUUUGGUUGUUGGUGCCAUCUGGACCAUUGUUGUCUACAGUCCAUUGGCCUUCUGGGUUUGGGGUCUCAAUGGAUGGUUGUACAACUGGGGUGCCUUGGAUUUCGCUGGUGGUGGACCUGUCCAUAUUGCAUCCGGUGUUGCCUCCUUGUGUUACUCCUGGUAUCUUGGUCCAAGAGGUCAACCAGGAAAGAGAGUCGGUAAGAUCACUGAAUCUAGGGGCCACUCCACUCUCACCACUUUCAUUGGUGUCACGUUGAUUUGGGCUGCCUGGUUCUGUUUCAACUCUGGAACUCUCUUAUCUGUGAAUGUGAGAACUGGUUAUAUUUUUAUGAACACCAUUCUUGCUUCUUCUUUUGCUUGUCUUGCCUAUACCAUCACGGACAAACUCAUCUCUGGUAAGUUCUCCAUGCAAGCUGCUUGCGAAGGUACUAUUGUUGGCUUGGUGAACAUCACACCUUCUUGUGGUUUCUACUGGCCCUGGGCUGCUGCUUUGACUUCGAUUAUCAACGGUGUUCUUUGUCGUUUAAUCAUUAGACUCAACCACUGGGUUGGAAUUGAUGACUACUCUCUCUCUGGAGUGGUUCAUGGUGCUGGAGGUAUCAUUGGAGGCACUUUGACUGGUAUUUUUGCAACAAAGACCGUGGCAGGCUACGAUGGAAUUACUGAGAUUUCUGGAGGUUGGAUCAACGGUAACUUUAAACAGCUUGGAAUCCAGAUCGCUUCAUGGGCUGCUAUCGUCGCCUGGACUUUUGUCUUCACCAUGAUCAUUUUGUUCCUUGUGGACAAGAUUCCUGGCUUGAAGUUAAGAGCUUCUGUUGAAGGCGAGGAUAUGGGUAUGGACUUGUUUGAGAUGGCAGAGACUGCUGACGAAUUCGGAAAUGACUACGAGGAAUUCUUCAAGAAGAACGCACACGUUUUGAGAGUUUUAUUGGACCGCUAUGACGCUGGAAAUGUGGAGAUCCUUGAAGGAACCUCUCCCGAUUCUUCUUCGGUGGUGGAUAUUCAAGUGAUUAACCAUGAGAAGGUUUAA